UAACUCUAUCCCAGCUGGAACCAGCACAACCACUGUGAGAUGGGUACUGGCCUCUGCAGGCUCCGCGCGGACGCUGGCAGGAAAUAAACUCCGACCGAAGAGCUGCUUGCUAGGUCUAUUCUCUGCCUUUGUCAAAGCCACUGUGGGGAGCUCGGUCCUUAAAGAAAAAAAAGAAGAGUUUUUCUAGAGUCUAAGUCAAUGCAUCCUUUGAGAGUGUGGGAAACGUCUGUUAUCCUGAUUCAGUCUAAGCGGUCGUUGAUAUAGAAAUUCCUCUCCAGUUAAGCUGGGAUUCGCCUAAGAGAGGACCCCAGGAUUUAGUCCAGUGAGAGCCUAAGCCUUCUUGCUAUUUUGGAUGGAGGGUUACUAGAUGUGUAACCCCAAAAGGAGGACAAAAUGAGCCUCAAAACUCUUUUGAUUCAACAUAUAGAACCCUUGUGGGUUUUGGGGAGGCUGAAAAGUUCUUUUUGCUUUGUUUAUUGAGCUUUUUUAAAAAUCUGAUUUAAACCUGUGACCUAUUAUUUAAAGCUGUAGAUGGAAAUUCAUAAAAAAAGCUUAAUCCAGAUGUGCUGAAGUGAGUUCUCCAGUGCAUGGAAACAUUCCCAGCACUUGGGAAGCCAUGUGUUUGAGUAUUGUUUGAUCCACAGACAGUCGGCAGAGCCACUGUUAAUGUUUCUGCCAGUUUGACCAUUGGUGGCUCUAUACAGUUUGGAAUCAGGGAAUAAGCAAAAUUCAAUUCUGAUGAAAAUAGGAUGUGCUUUUUCUUUUGUCAUUAUAUUACUUUCUAUGGCUUUUUGUCACACAUUAUGUUUCAUGGCCCAGCAUGGCACGAGGUGACAGAGGUGAGAGACGUUCUAAGUGUCACAGCACAGUGCUCGAUGUCAGAGGAAUGACCAGUCAGAAAUAGGGUGUGAGACAUCAGGAAAAGGAGAGGUCCUUGAAAGAUGGGAGAAGCCAAUUUCAGUAGUCUCACUAUAUUUCCCCUUCAGGACUUUCACACUAAAAGUCAUAAAUCUCUCCAUUUUCAGCUCCAGUCUGUGUUACAGUUCUGUAUUGCCGCAGGAGGACCGACUCGGAAGGAAGAUGCUGUGGACGAGCUCAGCAGGAUUUAUUCUGUUCUUGCUCUCUCGUUGCACUGUGCCAGUGAGCACCAAAGGAGCAGUGGUUUUGGCUAAUGCCCACCUCCUCCCCCAAAGAGGUUAUGAGAGACUGGGUAACGCCAAUGAAAAAGACUACCCAAGGGAUUGCUUUGAGAUUUUUCAGCUCUCCAAAGGGAAUUCCAGAGAUGGUCUUUACAUCAUCCAACCAAAGGAGGACCCAAUUGUUGUCUCCUGUAACAUGCAGGAUGGUGGCUGGACAGUAAUCCAGCACAUUACAGCCAACAGCACUGUUGACUUUGAUAGGACCUGGCAGGAUUACAAAUACGGAUUUGGCUCCGUUCAUGACAAUCACUGGUUAGGAAAUGAAUAUAUGCAUCAGUUAACUAGCAGCUCUGUGCAAUAUGUACUUGGAGUUAAACUUGUAAACCUAAACGCGGAAGUCAAAUGGGGGCACUACGAACCAUUCCUUAUUGAAGAUGAAGAGUCUCAAUACCGAAUCAGGGUUGGUCUAUACAAAGGCAACGCCACUGAUGCUCUGACCCUGGACACGGAAGCUUAUCUCCAUGAUAACCAGAAGUUCACUACCAAGGACAGAGACAACGACAAUUAUUUUCAGAAUUGUGCCAAACUGGAACACAAUGGCGUUGCUGGAGGAGGCUGGUGGUACGAUGCGUGCGCCGGAGCAAAUCUAAACCGUAGGAACGUGAUAUACUGGCAAAAGGACUGCAACAGGCAACGCCUGUGCAAGUUUGCAUGGAUGAUGAUCAGACCCGUUGACCACAGCCUCUCAUAUCAAACCAAACCCUGCCCGUGUCAGAAAACUGAACUGUAGGUAAGCCGUGUGUACUUUCAAAGGAACUUGGGUUCUUUGUCCAGUCACUGAGGUGAACUCACACUCACUGAAUGAUCACACUAAGUAAUCAUAACUGAAAAUUUAAUUUGGGCCUCUGCAAAGGCUUUAUGAUAGCAUUUCAUCCCGGACACAGACAUUUACCAACCACACAAGUGAGAAGUCACUGUUAGAAACUGAGGCCUCUACCAGAAGAUGUAAAUAAUUAUUUUUAUAGUAUUUUAGCCACAAGAGGAGUCAGGUAUGAAAUUCUGGAUAUGAUGUCUCAUACAAGAUAUACGAGAAUAUAUAUGCAUUGCAGAAGCUUUUGCUCCAGUAUGAAUGUUCACAGUUGAUCUCCUAUAACUGCAUACCUUCACAUAUCAUGCAGGAAGGAAAUGUCCAGUGAAGUACCUACAUUUACAAAAUGCAUAUUGGAGAGUUUUGUGUACCACAGGGCAGCAUCAGGCAUUUCCUUUUUACCUUUAGUGAAAGUGAAAGGUAUUUUAAUAUAUAAAAUUGAAAUUGGCCCUCACCUCCCAUAGCUUCCUUUCCCCUUCAUUAACUCUUUAUCUCUACUUCUUAAUGAUACACAAUGAAGUAUUCAGCAUAAGCUUUUCUUCCUUCUUUUUAGAACGCCCAGAGCUAAUGGGAUCGUCGGCUUUCCCAUUUAAAGCUACUAACCCAAAGCUUACAACUCCUCUGAUUUUUUUUCCCCAAGAAACUCAGAGAACACACUUUUUAAAAGAUCAGAUUGAUUUUGCAAUUGUUUACUUAUUGCUCCAUUUUUUUGCUGAAUAUUACUCCACUUCGUUUACCACGGUUCGACUGUUGCUUCUCCGGGUUCCAUGAUGUGCUUCAGCUUUCUCUUUUUUUAAUACCACUGCGAGAAAAGGAGAGAAUGUUGGCUUUACUUCACAUUUGCUAGCUUCAAUUUUUUUGGCACGCAACCUUGACGUUAUUUAAACAGUGCCUUGUUUUCUGGUUAUAAAAUAGAGAAUAUUUCAAUUUAAUAAUAAAUUCACCUGUUUAAAAAAUAAAUAAAUAAAAGGAUUUCAGUUUUUAUAACAUCGAAGAUAUCAUUUUCUUUUACAGCUGUUUGGGUUACUUCACAUAUUUCUGUAUCAUUAGAAUGGCUGAGUGGCAACUGAAGAGUUUGCACUGUUGCAUGUUACUAUUGUCAGGAUAAUAACGAGAAUAUCUUGUAUGUUUUCUUAGAUAGUUCAGCUAGAGAAACUCAACCAACAGGUACCGGCAAACUCCUGCUUUUUAAUUUAAAAAUGGAACUGCACAAUUUCCAUGAAAACUACUUUGCAGAAAAUAAAUUGUAUUGUGUUUUGAGAAGACCAAGACUGCCAGGAUUACUUAAGAAGAUAAAUUAAUUGGGAAGUGGGAAAGCCAAGAAAGCAAUUUUUAUUCUUUACAAUGCACUGCAAAAUUUUCAGAAACAGGUACAGAUACGUUAUGUGGGCGAGGCCAAUAUAGCAUAUUUGUCCUUUUUGCAGCAUCUUUUUCCCCCUGAAAUUUUGUUCAAAGACAGAAGUGUGAUAAGGGAAGAAAUGGACAGUACCUGAAUUGAGUUUAUGUCAUUGAGUCAAUUUAAUGUGUGUUCUGCUGUAACUCUAUCAGGACACCUCCAAAGUUGUAGUGAGGAUACGAUAAAAUCACCCGAGUGCCCCCAGUCUCACAUAGCUUUUAUUUGAGUUCCUGCCCAUAUAGCCAGAUUCUCACACACCUUCCAAAAGCGUGUUUUGAAUAAUCUUGACAUGGAAGUGCACAACUGAAAGCCAGCAGGCUGCAUCUGAUCCUCAACGGCAAGUAUCCCGCUCUGCAGCUCACCCUUGGCCUGUUUCGGAGGGUUUUGGAGGAAAGGACUCUGAGAAUAUCCUGUACGAAUGACUCGGGCACCAGCAGCCCCAGUCCAGCUGCCCAG